UCCCCUUCUUUAGCACUCUGUUUGAAGCGGCUAGGAAAUAUUAGCCGCAGUCUUUGCAGCUCGGGGUGUGUGUGUUAUAUUUCUGGUGGUUGUUGGAUUUUUGCAGACCCAGCUGUGCUGUGUAAAGAUGUCUUCUCAAUAAAACCUGCAGAUUCAAGAGAGCUCCACUUACGAUGGCCAAGUACAGACUAAUCUUGCUGAGACAUGGUGAAGGGGCUUGGAACAAGGAGAAUCGAUUCUGUAGCUGGGUGGACCAGAAACUGAGCGCCGAUGGGGUGAAGGAAGCUCAGACCUGUGGGCGGCACCUCAAAAUGCUUGGCUUUGAGUUUGACCUUGUGUUUACCUCCAUUCUUAGCCGUUCUAUUCAGACUGCGUGGCUUGUGCUUCAGGAGAUGGGUCAGGAGUGGGUCCCCACUGAAUCUUCCUGGAGGCUGAACGAACGACAUUAUGGGGCGCUGAUUGGCCUCAACAGGACAGAGAUGGCUUUGAAUCAUGGUGAGGAGCAAGUGAAAAGAUGGAGAAGGAGCUACGACGUCACCCCACCUCCCAUCGCUGAGGUCCACCCUUACUAUCAUGAAAUAUAUAACGAUCGCCGGUAUCAGUACUGUGAUGUGCCAAUGGAGAAGCUUCCUAAGGCUGAGAGUUUAAAAGAAGUAUUGGAUAGACUCCUUCCAUACUGGAAUGAAAGGAUAGCACCAGAGGUCAAGAGAGGGAAGACUGUGUUAAUUUCUGCCCAUGGGAACAGCACGAGGGCUCUUCUGAAGCAUCUGGAAGGCAUCUCGGAUGAGGCUAUAGUCAACGUGACUCUUCCCACCGGCGUGCCGGUCCUCCUUGAACUGGAUGAAAACCUGCAACCGCUUGGCCAGCACCAAUUUCUGGGUGACCAAGAAGCCAUACAAGCUGCCAUCAAGAAAGUGGAAGAUCAAGGGAAGGCCAAACCUAUGGCUGAGAAAUAAAGACCCCUCACCACCACCUUACCAAUGCUUUGCCCAUAGCUCUAAUGAUGUGCAGCAAAAUAUGGCACGUAUUGUGAAUUGUUUUAUGCCUACUUGCUUAGCUUUCGGUUCUCACCAAGUGUUAGACAAGGGCUGUUAGAUUUUAGCAGUUUAUCUCUGGAGGUUGGAUAUCAGAUCUUGGUAUGCAUCACGAUGGCAAGUGAUUUGAUUAGUUGGAACAAUAAAAUGUUUCUUUGUAUGUUUUCCUCAAUUUUUCAUAGGAGAAAAACCCCUUGUAAGAACCAGAUUUCCGCAAAUCGGUGACAAGGUACCAUUGUGACAAAUGAAGAUAAAAUGGAGAAUGUUAAAUCUGAUUUAAUAUGGGAGGAUUAUUAAGGUUUGAAGAUCAAAAACCAGUAAAUCUUCCCAAAGAUGGUCACUUACAGUCUUAACGUGGACUUUUAUUUUUUUUUAAUCAUUGGACAGCCUCUCUUCCAUUGGAUGACUUAUUUGUCAGGGCUCACUUUUAUUGUAUAGGAGAUGUUCAACUAAUUUUGAAUAAAGCCCUUAUUUUUAUUUGCUU